AUAUUGCCGAGCACUCCUCCCCUCCCUCCAGCCGGGUCCCAGCACACACACACACACACACACACACUCGUACACACACACACACACAGCUGCGGCGCAGGAGGCUCCACAGCGAGCGCGGCUACUGUCGGAGCAGACCGGUGAUACAGCAAAACCAAGAACAACAUCGUGGAACUCCAAUGGGACGGAUUACACCUCUUUACGCCGCCGCUUAGUGACCGAACUGGGGACGUACGUCACGGCCGCCACGGAUGAAAGGUGGCUCGCUUCUCAUUGUUUCGAGGAUUGAAAGCUAAAAAAAAAAACCGUCUCGGUGUAGCUUGUGAUGGAUACUCCGAGCUAGCUAGCCGACCUUACUUCUUCUCGGGCUCGCAGCAACACCCCGACAUUUGCUCCGUGGCCUGGCUGUUAACUUGGCGUCCGCGCUUAUGUUUAUUGUAGUCUGCAACAUGUUUGUUUGCUAGCCGUAGAAAAGAGAGAAAGUGGACACGCCGGCACAUUGCAACUGCUACCAGCUGACGCUAGCUCGCCAGCUACACGUAAAGCGGCCACCAGCUUUCUUGCCACGCUUAGCCUUUAAUCGUGCAUGAGUGGCCGGCGGUUAUACAUGCAACUUUGAACUCUACUCGGGAACUAUUUCAAUAUUCAAAUACUGCUUUUUGUGCUGCGUGUUUGCCAAAACGGCGGCUUCAACUUUGUCACAUACUGCCGGAGACCGACUACCCCCCCGGAUAUUCUUGCAAUGCAUCAUCCGGACCCCACCGGAGACUCUGGCGGUGUUCGAAAGAUGGUCUUUCACAGGAGGGGCAGCAACAGCGGCUCCACGCUGUCAACGCCGGCGGUCGCCAACAGCCACGGCUCGGCUGCAGAAGAAUACCAGACCUCCCUGUUGAUCCAGUGCCAAACUCCUGCUGGUUCGUCCUCCCCGGGACCUCACCACCCUCCUUCCCACAGCCUGAAUCUGCAUUCCCAGGCCACGCAGUCCGCUGGGGCUCAGAUGAAAAAGAAGAGCGGCUUCCAAAUUACAAGCGUGACCCCCGCACAAAUAUCUGUGAGUACCAACAACAGUAUUGCAGAAGACACAGAGAGCUAUGACGACCUGGAUGAGUCCCACACGGAGGAUUUGUCAUCCUCGGAAAUCAUGGAUGUGUCUCUUUCCCGAGCCAAUGACGUAGUCGGUGCGGAGAGAAGCUCCUCUGAGGAGACCCUGAAUAAUUUCCAUGAUGCUGAAACCCCAGGACUGUUGUCUCCAAACCAGCCUUCGCACCUCCAUUCCCUGAAUCAAGCUCCGCAGCAUGGGGGAGGUAUGGUAAAUGGGACUGUGCAUCGUCACCCUCCUCAAAACCAUGGCCAGGCCUACCCACUGUCUUCUGGGCCUGUGAGCACCUCGUCUACACUUGCCUCUGUCACUCAAAAAAUGCCUUCUAACGCCGGGGUCUCUCAAGAGAUCUCUGCAAAUAUGGCCUCUCAGCCUGUGGGUGUAGUAGGCCUGGGACCGGCUCCUGCAAUGCUUAGCUCUGCUACAGGCGCUGCAGUUAGUAUAGUUAAUCCCCAGACCAGCAGUGUUAGUAAUGUGAAUAUGUUGAGCUCCGCCAAUGUGCCUGUGAGAGGGGGAAUAAGCGGGAGUGCUAACAGCAAUGCGAAAAGUACUGCUGGUGGCGGAGAUGGUUCUGCUUCCGGGGGAAACCUAAAGACAAACGCCAAUAAUAGCAUGAAUCAGCUUCAACAAAAUCUCAACUCGCACAUCACUUUUAGUGCUACAAACACUUCUGUUGUUACGGUUGCCAGUGCCUCUGGAGGGCCAGGUCUCCCAAGUGGGAUUCAGACUAGACAUGGGUCCGCUGUGCUGCAGUCCAUGAGUACGCCUGUUACCGUUGCCGCUAUUCCUGCCCAACCUGCCCCAACUCCUGCACCGGCAGUCGCUACCACCAGUUCUCGCUUCAGGGUGGUGAAGUUGGACUCAAGUUCUGAGCCCUUCAAAAAGGGCAGAUGGCUAUGCACUGACUUCUAUGACAAAGACACCCCGAACUCCGCCACCUGCUCAUCGAUGUCUGAUGCGGGCUCUGGCAGCAUGCGCCAGUUUGUCUCUGAGAACUUUGUUGGGUGCACAGAGAGGGAAAGCACAAGUAGUAGCUCCGUGAGCAGUACUUUAAGUACAGUGAGCCAUUAUAUGGAGAGUGUUGGCAGUGGAGAGGCUGGGGGACCCUCAGUUGCUCAACAUGCACAGGAUUAUGCCUCCCCUCCUCAGGGUUUCCAAGCAAUCAUCCCCUGUGGGCUAAGUAUGGGUGUGUCUCACACUCAACCUCACUUGAACCCUCAAGACAUCACCCAUUCACACAUCCAGGCCAGCAUGGCUUCCUCAAACAAUAACCAGCCUGUACCCAUGCCUGGCCACCCGAUCACCAGUGGACUGCCUUUGCCCCACCUACCCCAGCAACAGCUCACCUACGCGCAGGCAGUUGCAAAUCAGCCCACAGGCUCCACACAGGGCUUAGUGAGUGUUCAGCCACACCAGCUUGGUUAUGCUCCUCUCACCCAGCCACCAUCUGCAGCGUCAGUGCAGAUGAGACCCCCUGAGUAUAGCCAACCACUUCAAGGCAUCCCCCAAGCUCUUUUUAACCAAGGUGUAUCAAGUUCUUCUGGGCAACCUAAUGGAGGAUGCCAGGUGAUGGCAGGCCUGCAGCAGUCACAGACACUCCUCCAAAGUCAGCCACAGCAACCCUCAUCUCUUCAGGCCACCACCUCCAAUACAUCUUUUCACGUCGGAGUAGCAGGUCAACCGCCUCCUAGCCACAGUUCCCAUUUGGAUUGCCCGCAACAGAAAUCACAGAACCUUCCGACACAAAUCCAGAACCUUGGUGUUUGCGCCCAGUUGCCCACUACAAUUCAGAGCCAGGUGUCUGCAGCCGGCGUGCCUCCAUCCAACCCUCCGAUUGAUCACAAGGCCCAAGUUCUCAAUGUUGGUAACAAUUUAAUGCACUCACAAGGUGUCCCCCAGAGUGUGUCCCAUGACCUAAGCAGUGCCCAGGCCCUGGCUCUGGCCCAUGCUGCUCAAGCUAGUGCACUCUAUGCUAGUUUGCCCUCCUUCACAACCACUGAGCUACAGGAUGCUCAGCGACUCCUCCUCCAGUAUCCAUCAGCUCUAUUAGGAUUGCCGAAGUGUUCCGGAGGAGACCCAGGAUCGGGAUCAAGUACUGGCCAGAAUCAAGGAGCUGAAGGCAACGCCUCCAUUGCCAGUGCCUUAACUGCUUCAGCCGGCCUCAAGACUCUGGAUGGAGAGGAAGAUGGCUCGUCGGGAGCCAGUGUUGUGGCCAUCGACAACAAGAUUGAACAAGCGAUGGACCUGGUGAAGAGUCACCUGAUGUACGCCGUGCGCGAGGAGGUGGAGGUCCUGAAGGAGCAGAUCAAGGAGCUCAUCGACCGCAACUCCCAGCUGGAGCAGGAAAACACUCUGCUCAAGACGCUGGCCAGCCCGGAACAGAUGGCGCAGUUCCAGGCCCAGGUCCAGACCACCACAGCCGCCGCCGCCACCCCCCCGUCAGCCGCCCCUACAGCCCCCGCCAGCGCCCUGGCCCAGCCCGGCUCGCACACCUCCGGCCCCUCGGCGUAGCGGCUUGACUAUGCCUCAGUCCAAGGAGUCGAUGCUUCAUCCAACUAUUUGCACAUACUGACCCUCAGAAGGAAGACAUGCUGCACAAGGCGACAAUCUGAGGAGAUGGAACUUUUGCCAAAAAAAAACAACAAGUUGGACAUAUCAGCUAGAAUGUCUUAUCCAGAUAAAAGCGUGUAUCGGUGGUGACCACAUGCGCUUAAGAGAUCACUGUGCCUGUGUCGGGGUUUUAGGCGACUUUCACUUUCUUUUUCCUUUGUUUUGUCCAAUUUUGUUGUGUAAAUAGGCGCCUUCAGGCGAUUGUUACAAGCUUGAAAGAGAAUGUGAGCAAAUAUGACCAAGUCCCCAUCUGGAAUGGGGAACAGAAGAUUUGUAUGGGCCAUGGGUUCUUCCUUUCAGUUUCACUUUCUUCAUCAUUGCUGCAGCGAAAACGUUUGGCAUGUCGGGCAACAGAUGAUGUACAUUUCUGUAUAGUGUAAGUAAAAUAGUGCGGGGGAGUUAGCGGUCUUGCCCUGACUUUUAUUUUUAAUGCUGGAGGAGUUUAGGUUACUUCCACUACAUUACCAUCUUUUUCUUUCUACUGCACUUUUUUUGUAUCAUUUCCUUUUCUUUUUCUUUUGACAGUGAAUUUUUGUCCGGAUGAACAAUGUAUGAAUAUCAACAUUAGAAGAAACUUCUGGAGUUUUGGUUUCCACAGUGCGUAUCAGUGGUAUGCUCAUGUUCCCUGCAUGUUUCUGCAAGACUGGAUGAGAAGCUGUAACAAAAAAGUACCACAGUUGCGCUUCACAACUUUCAUUAAAAGGCUAAAGAAA